CCACUCCUCAGCAAGAUGGCUGCAUUGCUGCGCGCAAAUAGUGGCAUCCUGGUGAAAUGACGCAAGCCUCAGUUUACGCUCCGUCCUCUCCAGUCUCCAUAGCGCAGAUCCCGCCCGACACACACGGAAGAAGACCGACCGAGGGGCGAUCCUCCGGUGGACCGAGCCGCACCGGUUCCUCUGAGUGAGAGUGCGAUGAGGAGAGGCUUCAGAGUGUGAGGCCAUGGGCUGCACCUCGGCCAAGCAGGUGUCGGCCGUGCCCAACGAUGAGGAGGGACGCAGCAAGGCCUACAGCAACGGAGACCUCUUCACCGAUGAAUACAAGAUGAAGGGAGUGGAGGAGGUGAAGUACAUGAGAGGGGAUGAAAACCGAGUGAACACACGCAACCAGGAAAACCUGGAAAAGAGUAAUGCGCAGUUCAGGGGGAAACAGAAGGAGGUCGCUGCGGCAAACAUCAAGUCGAAUAUUCACACGUCAGAGAGCCAGCAGGAAUUUUUCAGGAUGCUGGAUGAGAAGAUUGAGAAGGGGCGAGACUACUGUUCGGAGGAAGAGGAGGAGGAAGAUGGGACAUAGCACAGAGGCCCCCGUAAAGUCACCCCCACAGAGAGCCUCACUGUGUGAAUGUGUGUGUGUUGAUGUGCGUGUUUAUGUGUGCCUGAGAGAAGAAAUCAGUGUUUUAACCGACGGGGCGUUGAUGCGACGGAACUCUGUGUGGCAAAGAUUUAAAUGGAAGUGAAAGAGUUGAGAAUGCUUGAGAUAAAGACAGAGAAAGAGAGAGAGAGAGAGAGAGAGAAUGGAAUAUAAGAGAACUUUUCUUCAGAGACUACAGCCCUCCUCUCUUUAGCGCCUCACCCCCCUUCAGGCCCCUGAGCAGACAGAUCGAGGUGGCGGAGCGAUGAAGGGACGGACAGAUGAAAGGACACGAUGACGGAUGGACGCACAUCGCCGAUAACGGAGGGGAAGGACUCGCUGCAGUCGGGGUCAAACAGAGCCGCUUCCUCGAGCAAAAUCUCACGAAAACCUCCAUCUGUCCCUCCCUGUCUGUCCCGCCGAAUAUUUAACCCCUGCAAUUAAAGGAGCUCCGAAGACACAAAGGACUGAGAAACACACAAGCAGAGAAAAAAUACUGAAAUCAGAGGAGUUACGUAACACCACCAGGAUCCACACUGAACUUUGUGGCCUACAGUCAGGCUGGACGAACUGAGGGUGAGGGAGGGUGAGAGAGGGGAAGAAAGGAGGGGGGAAAUUUGGGAUAUUUUAAUAAGACAGAGUUAAAGGAGCGAGCUGGUGGUUUGGAAAACUCUAAACUCCUGCCUUCUGAAGUCAAGGACCUUUAUUUUUUUUAAAUUUGUAAUUUUGUUCUGCAGCCACUCAUUCAGUUAAAUAUUCCCUUUUCUCUUCAGUUUGUUUUACUCUUGGCUUCCAUCGUAGUGUAUCACCAUCAUCAGUCAUUAUCGUCCUCAUCACCACGGCAGGCAGACUGAAGCUGCAUAAUUCAGAGCAUCUGUGUCUCGACCGAUCCAUCCCCCUUCAUUUACCGAAACAUUGCAGCUUUCACUCACACACAAACACACACACACACACACACACACACACACACACACACACACACACGCACAGCCGUACAUGGAGUCUUUUAUCGUGCAUCAUUCCAGCACACCUCUGCAUGUACAUACAAAUCACACACACAUUAUCGGACCCUCUUCAUUUCACCAGCAGCAGACUAUCAUGUGCAUCAGUCGGAGGUUUUUCCAAACACAAAGUCAUAAAAACAAGCUCUGUAUUUCUGCUUUGGUUCAGUGUUCACGCACACACACACACAGAGACACACACACACACACACACACUCUGGCACUGAAGCAGCAAACUGGGCUGAGCUCGAGGGGAGGAUGUGUGGUUGCCGUGGAGACACAGACCUGAUCACUUUAGUUUUUUUUUUUGUCGUUGUCAUCUUUCCUGGAUACUUCCUGUUGUAUUAUUUUGAAUACUUUUUUCUAUUAAAAUUAAAAUGCAGAAGCUCUGAA